AUACACGUGCUGCCUGCAACUAAAGCACCGUCUGGGUCUCCAUGACAACCUUAUACCGUCACAACGGGUGGCCUUGGUAGACAAACUGUGUCACACCUAUGUCAACACUAUCCACCUAGGCAAGGACUUACUACCAACUGAGCGCCAGUACAGCGAUGAUCUGAUUCUGUUGGCGGCGGACGAGCUAGUGGACAUGUACGCACGCUACACGGGUAUGGCAGUGAUUAGCAUAGAGUAG